CAAGUUUGUGUGUGAUCCCAACAGGGCUGUGAUGGAUUUGUGACUUUCUGUAAAAACUUUCUCUGAUUCAGCAGACUCGAUGUGACCGUGUGACCUCUGGUUGCUAGGGAGACAGCAGUGGGGCCAUGGCUGCUGGGUCAACAGUCAGAGAGAGCCAACUCCAGAGGAUUAUCCGAGAUUUGCUUGAUGCUGUUGGAGAGCUUGUAAAGGAGUACAAGGAAAGUGGGGAGCCCAUUACAGAUGACAGCACCAACUUGCACAAAUUCGCCUACAAACUGGAAUAUCUGCUGCAGUUUGACCAGAAGGAGAAGACCACAUUUCUUGGCCCAAGGAAAGACUAUUGGGAUUACUUCAGUGACUGUCUGGCAAAGAUCAAAGGAGCAAAUGAUGGGAUUCGUUUUGUUAAAUCUAUUGCUGAGCUCAAGACCUCUUUGGGAAAGGGACGAGCAUUUAUUCGCUACUCCCUUGUACACCAGCGGCUAGCUGACACACUGCAACAGUGCCUUUUGAACCAGAGGGUCACCAGUGACUGGUACUAUGCAAGAAGCCCCUUCUUGAAACCCCACCUCAGUGUUGACAUCAUCAGUCACCUGUACGAGCUAAAUGAGGUCCAGUUUGAUGUGGCCUCCAGAGGUCAUGACCUUGAUGCUUCCUGGCCCACCUUUGCAAGGAGGACACUGGGAAUUGCAAGCUCACCUGCUCACAUGUGGAAAGCACCCAGUCGCUGUUCAAGUAUAAACAGUCUGGCCAGCUCCUACUCACAGCAAGCGCCUGAGUUUCCCGGUAGUCCUGACUAUGGUCAGGGCCUUCUGAAUGACCUGAAUGGAUCUCUACCUGCUUGCAGUGAAGAUGUGAGUGCAGUAGAAGACCUUCGCAUGGAGCUUGAUCAGUCAGAGCUGAAGCAGCGAGAGCUCUUAGAUAGGAUGCAGCAGCUAGGUGAGGAGGCUGCUGAGCUCAGAGGAGUAGUUGUGGAGUUGCAGAGGCAGCUGGAUAUAUCCCUUGCUGCUCAAGAGGAGAAACAGGGUUUGCAAGGAGACCUCAGAGCUCUUAAACAAAGAGAAGAGAUGUUAAACAGGGAGCUUGAAGCAGUUAAGACUCGAGAAGCUGUCAGAGAGGCUGAACAUCACGUCUUGCAGGAAAAACUGUCGGCUGCUGAGGGAAAAAACGUUGACCUGUUGGCAAAACUUGAUGGGGUUCUGAAUGAGAAGGGCCAGCAGGCAGCCAGAGACUUUGAUUCUGCUCAUAUGAUACACGAGCUGUUGGACAAGUUGAAAGAAGCAGAGAAAGGGAAGAUUGAAGUUGUGGCUGAGUUGGAGGAGAAGAAAAGACAGGUAGAAAAGUUAGUGGAGGAGCUGAAAGUUAGGGAGGCAACUGCAAGUGAAAGGGAAAAAAGGCUUGAAGCAUCAGUUGCAUCUUCUUCUGAGGAAAAGGUCAAGCUGGAGGCAAAAUUGGAGGAGCGGCAUAGUGCCUUUGAUAACCUGCAGGGGGCCCUGACACUGCGAGAGAAGGAAGCCAGCAGUCUACAAAAGCAGCUUCAGGACUGCCAAAGAUCUUUAGAAGAGAAAGAAGAAGAGCUGCUGGAGGUGAAGAAAAGAGCAGAAAAGGAUGUUGGUGAUUUUAAGGAGUGUUCAGAAGCCGAGGUUGCAGCCCUUAAGGAGCAGCUUAAUAAGAAAGAAGCAGAGCUGACUUUCAGCUGCCAGACACUACAACAGCUAGAAGCCAGGAACCAAAGCCUGACCACAGAGAUGGACACACUAACCACUAACAUUAAUGACAUGGAGGCUAAAGCCAAAGAACAGGCCUUAAAGACAGAACACUACAAACUAGAGUGUGCCAAUCUAAUGGAGCUAAAUGAGAAGCUGUUGACUACCGUGAAGAGUAAUGAGGAGCUGAUGAAGGAGAUGGCAGAAAACAAAGCAUUAAUUGAGUCUGAAUUAGUAGCUGCAAGGGCUUCUGAGAAACGACUUCGAGGCCAGCUGGAUGAUACCAAGAUGACAGUGAAUGACAAAGAGACAAAGUUGCGUGAGGAGAACCUCAACUUGGAUGAGACUCUGCAACGUGCUGUCAUGUCUGCAGAGCUCUCAGAGGCUACAUCAAAGCGGCUGGAACAGGAGAAUCAGAGUCUUAGAGAAGAGCAGAACACUGUGAAAGGAGCACUUAACCACAUGCACGCAGAACUGAAGAGUGUUCAUGUGCAGAUUGAAGAGCUGGAGAAGAAUCUUGGAGUGUCUCAUAGGAAUGAAACCAGUCUUCAAGAACAGCUCAAAGCCAAAGAGGCUCAACUAGAGACUGAAGGGAAAAUUUUAGUGGAGCUCCAGUCCAGGGUAAAUGCUUUGGAGACAAAAGAGAAGGAACUUGAAAAAGCCAAGGCCCACAUUGAAGCAACUUGUGCUAGACAGACAGAAAUAAUUGAAAGGGUUACAGCAGAGAAGCAAACAAUAGAGAAAUCUCAGUUGGAGAGAAACACUAUGCAAGCCAAGGAGAAGGAGGAAGUUACUAGCAAACUGGCUGUGCUUGAGGCACAGUUGGAGAUGAGCAUGAAAAAUGUGCAGAGGCUCCAAGAUGAGAUUCUAGAUCUCAGGGUGCAAGUAGAGAAGUCUAAGGAGGAGAACUUAAAAUGCCAAGCACAGCUUCAGAUGUCUGAAGCCCAGAGAGAUGAGCUCAGGACUCUAACUGAGCAGCUUAAAGCUCAGGCAGAAGAACUUAAUGAGAAGCAUGUAAGAGAGCUUUUAGAAAGGAAACACAGAGAAGAUGCUCUGAUCAAAGAACAUGACGAAGAAGCAUUUGUUCGAGCUGAGCUCUCUAUCUCUGAGGCUGUCAUGCGAUCGGAGCUGUCCAGCCUUAAGGUUGAAAAUGACAGGUUGGCUCUUGAGAACAGUGAGACACGUGAAGGUCUGCACCGAGCUAACACUGAAAUGGCCGAAUUGGGAAUGAACAUCUGUGCACUGAUUGCAGAAAAGGAGCAGACCAAAAAUCACAGAGCAGAAGAUGCGACCAGGAUCAAAGUGCUGGAGAAAGAGGUGGAGCGACUAGAAGAUUCCAUUAUGGGGCUACAGAUGGAGAAUACAAAACUAAGAGAAGAACUGACACAGAGCGAGAAGCUUCCUGGAAGUAUACUGGAACUUCAGGAGCAAUUGGAAAAGGCUAACAACCAAGUCAAGACCCUAAGGGACUCUAGCCGAGAGGAGAUAAAGGCCUUCAAGUUUCAAAUGAGCUCAGAGAGCAUGACUCAGCAAAACCAAAUAAAGAAUGUCACUGAACAACUAGCUAAAGUGAAAGCACAACUGCAGGAAGAGAGGAAGAAUGCAUCCAUUUUACAGGCCAAAGUUUCUGAGCUGCAGGCUGGAAAUGAGCAGUACUUACAGCUAACUGUCAAGAAAGAUGCUCAGAUCGCAAAGUCAGAAGCCACCAUUCGUGAGAGUGAGAGUGAGAUUCAGCAACUAAAAGACUCACUAAAAAGUGCUGAAAAUUCACAUUCUGAUGCCCAAAUGCUCUAUGAGGAACUGAAGCAGAAACUUGAGACAUUAGAAGCUGACAGGAAAAGCCAGUACCUCAAGAUGUCAGCAGAGAUUGAUGACCUCAGCAGCAUAAAGACCAACCUCGAAGAGCGACUCAUUGAGCUUAUAAAAGACAAGGAUGCUCUGUGGCAGAAGUCUGACGCUCUGGAGUUUGAGCAGAAACUUCGAGCAGAGGAGCGCUGGUGGAUGGUAGAUCAGGAGUCCACUCACUGCUAUGGAUGUCAGGGCCAGUUUUCCUUUUGGCUGCGCAGACAUCACUGCAGGCUUUGCGGUCGUAUUUUCUGCUACUAUUGUAGCAACAACUUUGUGAUGACCAGGCAAAGUGGGAAGAAGGAGCGCUGCUGUAAGGUGUGCUACAGUCAGCACAGAGCCGUGGUGGAGAGGUUCACGGUGGCAGAGCUGACUCCUGCGGACACUCAGCCUCCACCGCCACACGGACCCGGACCUGGACCUCAGACCUUUCCUGAGCCAGCCCCGUACAAACCCACUCCAAGCGUAACAGUUUCAGAAUCAAGCAACAUAUCUGAUGAUAGUCCUUUUGACUUUAUCACCGAAGAGGAAGUGAAUGAUGUCUAUGACAGCGAAACCAUUUCACACAAUAUAGGAGGCACCACAGAGGGAGAAGAAGAUCAAAGGUCUCCAGGAGCACAGGACACAGCUACAGAAGAAGAACUUGUUCCUACUGUUCAGGAUUCAGAGAUUAACCUUCUGAAGUCAGGAGACGUCACCAUGGCUGUGCCUCUCAAUAUUGAUGAUAUUUCUGAGUUUGGUGAGACUUCCAGAGAGCUCUUUAUCAAAUCCAGCUGUUACAGUGUCAUAACGAUUGCUGUUGGCGAAUGUGGGCAGACCAUCAGGUGGAUGUUUUCCUCAGAGCCAAAGAGCAUUGCCUUUAGUGUGGUUUACCGUCAGUCUGCUGACUCUCAGGUGGAGCAGUCAAAGGUUCUGAUUCCUCUGACCCGUUGCAACUCCCACGAAGAGAAAAUUCAGGGCCAACUCAAAGUACGACAUCCUGGCCUCUACACACUCAUCUUUGACAACUCCUUCUCGCGGUUUAUCUCAAAGAAAGUCUUCUACUGUCUGACCAUGGAGAACCCCAUCAUCUAUGAUGGAAGUGACCUUUCCUGAAGCAGAUCUGCCAUCACAGUAUCAGAUCAGUGACUGUCAUUUGGUGGUUUCUACAGUUUCCUGGUUUUUCUCCCCAACACGUUUUAUCUUUGCUCUCAUUGAUUUCUCUUUAGUAUCUGCUCCAUUCACCUUUUAAGGUAUCUUUAUGUUUUAACGCUGUUUUCUUUCCCCACUCUCUCAGCUUUUGGAGUACCAGUAUAGGAAAAAGACUUUUUUAUUCAUAUUUUAUUGUGUGCUGAAAACACUAUGUUGUGGUCAGUCUUUUACCAGGUGUUUCAGUUUGAGAAUGUGCAGUUUUGUUAUUUCUGUUUGAGUUUUAACAUUGGAGACAGCUCUCUGGCAUUAAAACUAAAAUUUGAUAAAUAAGGUGAAACGUGACAAUCACUUAUAUGCAAA